AUGGCUAAGAGGGUCAUUGUGGACGAUUCACAUCCCUCCAUUACUUAUACUGGCAAAUGGCAGUCUCUGCAAUCCGUUGACUCAGGAACCAAUGAAUAUAAUGGGACUGUACAUAAAACCACGACUCCAGGCUCUUCGAUACAGUUUCACUUUCAUGGUCUACCAGGCGUUACCCUAUCGCUCGAUGGCGACACACCCCGCACACUAAACGCUACCGGAAACCUAACACCGGCCGCAAAUACAACAUCGUGGUCGCAUGUUCCACUCUGGUCAGUCGAGGAUUUAACGAACGGGGAUCACACCGCGACCAUUGCUGUCGACGAGGUUAACAAAGAUCGUCCUUUUUAUGUCGACUUUUUUACUGCUCGGACCGUUGAAUCAGGAGGUGUGGUGAUUGUAGACGAUAAAGAUGGAAACAUAGCAUAUGAGGGUGAUUGGACCCUCGCAGGUUCGAUCGAGGAUUAUUUCCAAACCAUUCAUAAAAGUACGACGCCGGGGGCAAAGGCCAUCUUUCAGUUCAAUGGCACGGCCGUGCAAGUAUAUGGAACGGCUGCAAGAGGGAACCGGGAUGUGUUCACGUUCGCUCUCGACUCUUCAUCCAUCAGCACAUAUUCCGUGGUUGCGAAUCAAACUUCUCAGAAACACACUCUUCUGUACGACAUCAAGGACCUCACCCCAACUCUUCAUCGCUUGGUAAUCACAACCCUCAAUCCACAAUCUGCUUCUCUCGAUUAUAUCGUGUACGAUUCCUCUUUGGGUGCGAACGGGUCAGGAAACUCUCCAAUAAACUCGACGUCGAAGAAAUCUUUGACCGGCGCUAUCGUUGGCGGUGUUGUUGGAGGGAUAGUAUUCGUACUUCUGCUUGGGGCUUUGAUCUAUUACCGUCGCCGUAAGCGCCCCGGACGCUUAGACCAGCCCUACUCCGAACAAUCCGUCAAGAAUAUUCCAAUCUCUCCCUUUGAUUCUGAGAUACCUCGUGGCGGCGGGGGGCCGGCUCCAAGAAACGACAAACACGAAUCGCCAUAUGUGAACCCAGCGCCUAACGACCGUUUCAUGCCCUCAAAUGGACAAAAUAGUGAUCCAGAUCGGUCUAUCGUUGACUCUCGUGAUCUGUCCAUGCUGGGAGGCAGUUCAAGCGCUAGCGAUCAAAAGAACCGACCGCAACUCGACGCCCUGCCCAGUUCUAUCAGAUUGGAAGAAGCCAGCCCGCUUUUACAUGACUCGAGAAACCCAGCACGAGGUAUAGGUGGCCUAAUGGGCCAGCACACGUCUCCCAUUGGCGAUAUAGCAGUGGACGAUUCAAUACCCCCGCCCCCGGCCUACUAUGUCACAUAA